UUUUUUUUCUAUUUCUUCUUCCUUUGUAUAUUUUUUUGACUUAAAAACAAAGAAAGUCACGGUUGGCAUUGGGCAAGUCUUAAUACGGUAACAUACAGAGACUUGGCCAAAUUCUUUCUUUCCGGGAUUGAAUUUUUCACGCAAAACCCACAAACCCCAAAGAACAAUCAAAUUGAAAAGCUUUUGAAGUUUUUUUGUUUUCACAAUUCGCACCAAUACCAUCUUUCAACAAGAAAUUGUAGCUGUUGCUGCUUCUGAUUCAGCAUUUUUUCUUUUUGGAAUACACAAAGUAUUUGUGAUCUUUGGAGGAGAAAUAAUUGAGAAUGGAGGAAGCAAUGGCGGCAAGGUAUUGGUGUCAUAUGUGCUCACAAAUGGUGAAUCCCAUAACUGAAGGCGAGAUCAAAUGCCCAUUAUGCCAGAGCGGGUUUGUUGAAGAAAUGAGUAACACCACUACUGUUAGCAAUAUGCUGGAAGCUCCUGAUUUCGGCCCUGACCGGACACUUUCCCUUUGGGCUCCCAUAUUGUUAGGCAUGUUGAGCAAUCCGCAUAAUCGUCGAAGGCCUAGGCGAUUAGAGCUCGAUGAUGAUGAUAACGACAACCAUGAUGAUCAUAAUGGUAGUGGUAAUAAUGGUAAUGCUACAAAUAAUGGUAAUGGUAACAGCAACGAUAAUGGUAAUGGUAAUGGUAAUGCUUUUGCGCGCCUUGGUGGAGAAAACGAAUAUGAUCGUGAGCUCGAGUCUAUCCUUCGGAGAAGAAGGAGAAGCUCAGCUACCAUACUUCAAUUGCUCCAAGGCAUUAGAGCUGGCCUGGAAGAGAAAGAGAAAGAGACAGAGAGCGUGUAAUCUUGAUCAAUCCUUUUAAUCAAACUAUUAUUGUUCAAGGUUCCUAUGACUGGAACCGCGGUCAAGGUGAUAAUCAUACACCCAUUGGUUCUCUGGGUGACUAUUUCAUUGGUCCUGGUUUGGAUUUACUGUUGCAACAUUUGGCCGAGAAUGAUCCCAAUAGGCACGGAACUCCACCUGCGCAGAAGGAGGCCAUUGAAGCAUUGCCUACCGUGACAAUUGACGAGAAUAUGCAAUGUUCUAUUUGCCUUGAUGAUCUUGAAGUUGGUUCUGAAGCCAAACAGAUGCCCUGUAAACAUAUGUUUCAUAGUGGAUGUAUCCUUCCUUGGUUGGAGCUCCAUAGUUCUUGUCCAGUUUGCAGGUAUCAGUUGCCCGCUGAUGAAUCUAAGCGCGAACCGGAUGCGUCCUUGAGGACUAGCAGUAAUCAAAGGGAGGAUGAAAAUACUGGACAUGACAAUGUUGAUGGGGAUAUUGAAGGAAGAAAUGCAAGUGGGAGUAGAAGAUUCUCCUUUCCAUGGCCUUUCAAUGGUUUAUUUUCUUCACCAAACCCUUCAGCAGCAUCUUCUUCUAGCAACAAUCCAAAUGGAGAUAAUGUUACUCGAUCAGAAGAGAACUGAUUAGCAUUCAAUCUCUAAUGUACAUAUCUCUGAUACUAAUCAGGAAACUUAAAUGUUGAGAGAUUAAGAAAUGGUGUCUCCUGACCUGAGUAUGCUUUUGCCAUAUUUUUGCCCCCUUUUUUGGCUCCCUAGUAUUGUUGUUGUUGUUGUAUUACCCUUGUGUUUUACCACCCAACUUGAUAUAUUUUGUAUAAUUUCUUAUAGGGGGUGUUAUUUUUCCCCACAUGUUAAUGCAAGAUAAAUAUACUUAUACAUAUAUGUAGUGUAAGAGUAGAAUCUUUGGUGUUC